AGGAACGAUUUGGUGCGAAAGACCAUCAAAUGUCAGGAGCCGGUGCUCAACGCCCAGAGAGCUAUGCUCUCAAUACUGGCCCAAAGGGCGCACAAUACGGACCUUUCGCUGGACAUCAAGAAAGCGUUGUUCAAGUCGUGGCUCAUGUCGACGAAGACUUCGCGCAAAUCGGGAAACAUUCAGAGGAGUUAUACGUUUUUGUUGGAAAUGAACAAAAUUAGGGACUCUUUAUGUCUAACCUUCGGCGACAGCACUCACGAGUCGACCGUCAGUUCAUUGACUGAUUUGCAGAACUCGCAGGCGAUCCUCGAAACGGCCAAAAUCGAGUGGAAUAAGAGUAAAAUAGGUGCCAUACAGUACCUGAAGAACCAAAUCGAGCAGAACUAUCAGUCGUCUGUGAACUACUGUUUCCAGAGAGCGGUGACUAAUCUCAACGAAAACUUCUCGGCUGAAGAGCUCCUGGAAAUCAAGAACUCGAUGUCGUACGGGAGCUCAUCGAUACCCAGCUAUCAGUCGUCAUCGGCCACAACGACAGGCAGUGAUGUGUCGAUUCGGGACCAGACGGCCGACGAGGCGUUCGCCCGACUGCAGCUCCUGUACGCGAAAUACUGCGACCAAAACGGACUGUUAAACCAAAACAAUUUG